UUCUCUUCCUCAUCUGUGGUCUUUGAUUUAAAUCUCUGUUUUCUCUCUGGUUCUCUCUAACCUUGGGAAAUUCCUUACCAAAAAGAGAAAAAAAAACUUGGGAAAUUGAUGGGUUGGCAGGGAAGCUAGGGUUUUCGGUUUAAUAAGCCUCCGUACUUAAUAAUUAAGUUCUCCUCGAAGUUUCGUAAUCAAUGAUGCAGUUCAUGUUCAGGGAAAUUCAAGAUUGUUUGGAUUGAAAGAGAAGAUUGAAGUUUCGUUUCUAGGGUUUGGUUUCUUGAACUCCUCUCCAUUAAAGAUUAAAGUUUCGUUUCUAGGGUUUGUUCAGCUUCACUCCAUUAGUCUCUGAUUUCGGAUAUUUCUAGUUCCUCGCAACCAUGUCUGUAACGGCCGGUGUUAGCGAUACAGUUAUUGCAAUUAGGGAUAAGCUCAGAGGGAAGAUCGGGCAAACCAAGGUUAAACGGUACUGGCCUGGUAAAGCACCUGAAUGGGCGGAUGAUGCUGAUGAAGAUGGCGACAUUAGGGUUACGAAGGCUGUUGCCUUGGAGAAAGCAUUCCCUAGACAGGAUGAAGAUUCGAUUGCUAGGAAAGAUGACCCUCGGCUCCGUCGUCUCGCUGAAAAUCGGGCUGAUAAUCGUGAAGAAGUUAGGGCUGAUCAUCGUCGUAUUCGUCAAGCUGAAAUUGUUUCCACUGAAGAAGAGGAGAACAGGAGGCAGGAACGUUUGGAUUUUGAGGAGGAGGAUGAGGAUGCUUUGGAAGAAAGGAGAAGAAGAAUUAGAGAGAAAUUGCUGCAGAGGCAGCAAGAAGAAGCUGCACUUCUUCCAGAGGAGGAAGAAGAGGAGGCUGAGGAAGAGGAAGAAGAGGAAUCCGAAUAUGAGACUGAUUCUGAGGAAGAAAUGAUGGGUAUUGCUAUGGUGAAGCCUGUUUUUGUUCCUAAGACGGAACGGGACACCAUAGCUGAACGCGAGCGGCUUGAGGCAGAAGAACGGGCCCUUGAAGAGAGAAUGAAAAAGAAGUUGGAAGAGAGAAAGAUUGAGACUAAACAGAUUGUUGUCGAAGAGAUCAGGAAGGACGAAGAGAUUCAGAAGAAUAUGGAUGUGGAAGCUAAUAUUGCUGAUGUGGAUACUGAUGAUGAGGUUAAUGAGGCAGAGGAAUAUGAAGCUUGGAAGGCCAGAGAGAUUGCGAGGAUCAAGAGGGAUAGGGAGGACAGGGAGGCAAUGUUGAAGGAGAAGGAAGAGAUUGAGAAGGUGAGGAACAUGACUGAGGAGGAGAGAAGGGAGUGGGAGAGGAAGAACCCAAAGCCUGCUCCCCAACCCAAGCAGAAAUGGAAGUUCAUGCAGAAGUAUUUCCACAAGGGUGCUUUCUACCAGUCUGCUCCUGAUGAUCGUGCCGCAACCGCUAGCACCGAUCAAGUCUACACUCGUGAUUUCUCUGCUCCAACUGGGGAGGAUAAGAUGGAUAAAACAAUAUUGCCCAAGGUCAUGCAAGUCAAGCACUUUGGUCGUAGUGGCAGGACUAAAUGGACCCAUCUUGUCAAUGAAGAUACAACUGAUUGGAACAAUCCAUGGACGUAUAAUGAUCCUCUUCGUGCAAAAUACAAUGCCAAAAUGGCGGGGAUGAAUGCAACAAUAGAAAAACCCAAAGGAAGCAAGAAGCUAAAGGACUGGGAGUUGCGUUGAGUUGCAAUAGAGACUUUGCUUUGUAAAAUUAGCACUGAGAUAUUGAUCCUAGGUGACUGUUCUUGAAGUUAAAGCCAAUUCUGUUUUAGCUCAGAUUAAAAAGGACCCAAAUCUAUCAAGGGCUGCACCGCUAAGAAUGUAUGUACGAGGGCUGUAUCUUUAAGGAUAUAUCUAUUAUCUGCCAUUCAUUUAAAAGGUGGAUAUUUUCCCUCUA